AUCUCUGAAACAAACAUAACCUUAUAAAACGUAAAACGUCGAAGAGGUGGUAGGUUCUUGUUUUCCGCUAAGCUGCUCUUCCGAUAGUUUUCCGUAUGGUUUUUUCCUGUUUUACUGGAAAAUUGGUUAGAAAUCAACACCUUUGAACGUUUCCAGAUUCACCUAGGAAACGAUGGCCGAAUUGGACAAGAUUGAAGUCCGGGAUAUAACCCGUAUCGAACGUAUUGGUGCCCAUUCGCACAUCCGGGGUCUAGGGUUGGACGAUGUUCUCGAGGCUCGUGCUGUUUCACAGGGAAUGGUAGGUCAGAAGGAAGCUCGCCGUGCCGCUGGAAUCGUAGUGCAGAUGGUUCGUGAAGGAAAGAUUGCAGGUCGGUGCAUUUUGCUGGCUGGGGAACCAAGUACGGGAAAGACCGCGAUUGCCGUCGGGAUGGCACAAGCUCUUGGUAACGAAACUCCUUUCACCAGCAUGUCUGGCUCGGAGAUCUAUUCGCUUGAGAUGAAUAAAACGGAGGCACUUUCCCAGGCGCUGCGCAAAAGUAUAGGGGUGCGCAUCAAAGAAGAAACGGAAAUAAUCGAAGGCGAAGUUGUGGAAAUUCAGAUUGACCGACCUGCUACCGGAACUGGGCAGAAAGUGGGCAAAGUGACCAUAAAAACAACAGAUAUGGAAACCAACUACGAUUUGGGUAACAAGAUUAUCGAAUGCUUCAUGAAAGAAAAAAUUCAAGCAGGUGAUGUCAUUACUAUCGACAAGGCCUCUGGUAAAGUUAGCAGGUUAGGAAGAAGUUUUACCAGAGCAAGAGAUUAUGACGCUACUGGAGCGCAAACUAGAUUUGUUCAAUGUCCCGAAGGAGAGCUUCAAAAGAGAAAAGAGGUGGUACAUACCGUGACCUUGCACGAGAUAGAUGUAAUCAACAGCAGAACGCACGGGUUCCUGGCUUUGUUCGCUGGCGAUACCGGUGAAAUUAAACAGGAAGUUCGCGAUCAAAUCAACAGUAAAGUCAUGGAAUGGCGUGAAGAAGGCAAAGCUGAAAUUAAUCCAGGAGUACUAUUUAUUGACGAAGCCCACAUGCUGGACAUUGAAUGUUUUUCAUAUCUUAACAGAGCUCUGGAAAGUGAUAUGGCCCCAGUAGUCGUGAUGGCCACUAACCGUGGAAUCACAAAGAUUCGCGGAACAAACUAUCGCAGUCCGCACGGAAUUCCGAUCGAUUUGUUAGACAGAAUGAUAAUUAUAAGAACGGUUCCGUACACCGCAAAGGAGGUCAAGGAUAUUCUUAAGAUUCGAUGCGAAGAGGAAGAUUGUCAAAUUAAAGACGAUGCUUUGAUGGUGUUGGGUCGCAUCGCUACUGAAACUAGUCUUCGCUAUGCCAUACAGUCUAUUACGACAGCACACUUGGUGAGUAAACGACGCAAAGCUGGAGAGAUCACAGUGGAAGACAUCCGGAAAGUUUAUUCACUAUUUCUGGACGAGAAACGCUCAAGUCAGAUUAUGAAAGAGUAUCAGGAUGAGUAUAUGUUCUACGAUGAUGGAUUGGCAAAAUCAGACCAGGCUAUGGAGACGAACUAGUUUGUAAGGUGAGUUAAACUACGUGCUUAAAGACAUAUUCCAUGAUUGCUUCAUAAAAACCUACUUAUUCAAACGCGCUGAUCAAUAUAAGAAGUUGAUAAACCAAA